AGAAAUGCAUUUGCUGCUGACGCCAUCCCAAGUGAAAGUUAUAUUGAUGCUAUCCACAGUGCCCACAUGGUCACCUUGUCAGGCUUGUCUCCAUUCUGCAUCAAUGCAUCUCUUCGUCAUGUCCUGCAUUCUCUGGUCAGAUUUGGAAGUGAUCUUGUUGU